AUGGAAAUUGAUACUAUAGAAGCGAUGGAUAAGACAAUAGUUUACGAGACAUCGGAGGAUGUGGUGAACGACCAGAAGAAGAAUCGUGAUACUAUAGAAGCGAUGGAUAAGACAAUAGUUUACGAGACAUCGGAGGAUGUGGUGAACGACCAGAAGAAGAAACUGAAGACAUAUAAACAUCUAAUCAAAGAAAACACGACUCGUUGUCAACGGUUUCCUGUGGUUCACAUGAAUCGGUUCCCAAAACUGGACAAAUACUCGCUUUAUAUCGACUCAAAAGGUUGUGACGAUUAUAUCGACCAUAAAGUGAACAAAUUGUUGCGACAGAUAUUGAGUGAAUCCAAUGACACCGAGUCUUCGGCCGAAACAAAGGUGAAUACGAAGAGAAAAUAUGACGAUAUGAUUGACUUGUAUGCCAUCAAUGAAGAGAACGAAGAGUUGGACUUCGAAGAAGACACUCCUAAAAACGGUUCCAACGGUCACAGCAAUGGAUUGUCACUUAACGGCAAUACAAACACCACUUUUAAAAUCCCGAAAAAGGAUCCGCAAAACAUCGACACUAUUAUUGAGAGAACUCGUGAGAGGAAAGACAAUAAGCAAUGGGUCGAGGCUUUCGAUAUUUUUACCAAAAAUCUCAAGAAUGAACACUGGAUUCAAGAGAAUGUGAUCUCACUGUUGGUCGAAAUCGCCAAAGGAAUGGCUGCCAGUAAUGACUUGAAUGGAAACAAAUUCAAUCAUUUUAAUGCAUUGAUUGACAAAUUAAAAAGUUUGCGUUUUAUUGACGACCAAUUCUGGGAUGAAAUCAUUUUCACGGCCACCAAAAAGAUCGACACUAAGAGUAGUACUCAAAUGAACGUAUUUUUGUCCGGAUUAUACGACUUCUUAUUGGACAACAAGAUAAGCGCUCGUUUGAUAUGCACUGAAGCCGUCGUUAUUGCCUAUAGAUUACAGACUAAACACCCGUCGGCUAAAGACCUGCUCGAGUUGUCGAACCCUAUAUUGCAACCGAUUAUUGCAUGAUUUCUACAAUCUCUGCACUCUAUUAUUAUUACCACUAAAUAUGUAUUCAUUUAUUUCGUAUAUAUUAGCCAUUAAUUUUUAUUUAAUAAUUAUUUUUAAGAUAAUAUCUUAAAUAUUAUGUAUGAAUUCAAUUCAAAUCAAUC